GACCUUUGAUUAACCAAAAUAUGUGCAAAUGCAUAGCAGCUAAGUGAUUACAAACAGAUCGUCAAACCAAAUGCUUGCUGCAUAUUAAUUUUGGUUACUAACGAAAUUGCCAAAUUGACCUAAAAUGUACACUUAGUAAGGUGGGAUUUCAAUCACGUAAAAAGAAAUAUAAAAAGCAGAAUUGGAUUGAUAAGGCAUAUCACAAAUCAUCCAACGAUCAAAUAUGUUUCAAUACGUUGUUAUCUUAGCUCUUGCCUCCGCUGUUCUGGCUAGCCCAGCUGCCAAACCCGACCCAAGCCUCAUUGCAGCUCCUCUAGCAGUAGCCCCAGCUGUAGCUCCAGCAGUCGUCACUGCUCAAAGUUCUCAAGUUUUCGCUCGGCAGUACAACGCUUUAGUCGCUCCAGCAGCUCCUCUUGUAGCAGCCGCUCCGGUUGCAGCAGCUCCCCUUGUAGCAGCAGCACCUUAUGUAGCAGCUCCAGCUGCCCCUUUGCUGGCGGGCUACAGGGUCGCUGCCCCUUACUUGUCUGCUCCUGCUUAUUUAUAAACCAUAUAAAUUUGUAACAUAAUUUGUACAUAACGAAGAAAUAAAAUAAUAUUGAGAAA